AUGGCGACGCUACAAGUUUCGAGGCGCUACCGCUCCUCGACCUCGGCGUCCUCGCACGCUACCUCCAAAGCUACCGAAAUCCUUCGCGGCCUGCUCGACGGCCUGGCAAACGGCACCCGUCAACGACGAUCCAGCGAUGGCUACCCCGAAUUUCCUGUGCUGCUUAAGAGUCUUCGCCAGAUCCGCCAGCAUAUCGCAGCGACCGAACCGCCAAGCCCUCCCCAAGACGACUUUAGACACCUGCAUGGCUUCGCUCACCUCCUCGACGUGCUGCGCUCUUUUUCAGGCUUUUAUAAUCCACAACGGCGGACCGAUGAAGAGAAAGAAGGCCUGUUCAGCCUGUUAGAAGCGAUUCUAGAUGUUCUCGCGGCGGCAUUCCUGGAGCACCCCGGCAACAAACGCUAUUUCCGUCAUAGAGUUGAAGGAGGUGGAUGGGAAGCCCUCGAGCAGACUAUCGCGAGCGUGGGACUUGGUGGGAGCGACUCGGACCUAUGGACAAACUGUCAGAUGUUCGGCAAAUUGCUGGCGUUUGCGUUGGGAGACAAGAGGGUUGACGAUCUAUGCCAAGCCAUCGCGAAUACACCGAAAACGAAGGCAGACCCAGAAAGGGGGCCCGAAGACGAUACGGAACAAUCAGCAGCGACGACAACAACAUCGACGUCCGAAGACACAAAAGACAUUAUCCAGGAAGUACGCGAUAUCGUCCAAAAGAAGGCUGUUUUCCGCAACCCCGAGAUUUUGCGCGCCGUCGUGGGCUUCUGGGAGUCAAUCCCAAGGGCGGAGGGUAUGCCAGCCAACCCCUGUUCGAUGGUCGCUCUCGAGGUCAUGUCGAGUGUGGUCUCGAUCUCCCUCUUCAACCUCGCUGCGCUUCAUGCCACCGGAGUCCUCUCUCGCUUCCUCCGAGUACUGUUCGACCCUGUGCCGAGACUUGAUCAGACCGAGAAGGACAAACUCCUCAUUCUCUGCAAGAAGCUCAUGUACUUGGGUGUCAACCAACCAGCAGAUACCCAAUUUUUGCUUGCAAAUACUUCUCCAGAAGCAUCGGAAUUUUGCCUCGAGAUGGCUUCGAGUUAUACUGGACCUCCCUUCUUUCAAUUCGACCUCUCACUUCAUGGCCAUUCAUCCAUCGAGCUACCGACCCUCGGCCGGUCAUUUCCACCAAACUCAUCCUCUGGCUACACCUUCACAGCAUGGAUUCGAGUCGACAGAUACGACCCUGCAGCUCACACGACUAUUUUUGGCGUCUUUGAUGCCACCCAGACCUGCUUUCUUCUCAUGUAUCUCGAAAGGGAUACCCACAACUUCAUCCUGCAGACCUCUGUAACGUCUAGUAGGCCCAGUGUUAGGUUCAAGGGUAUGGCGUUCAGAGAGAAGCAAUGGUAUCAUAUCGCUGUGGUUCACAGACGCCCAAAGACAAUAACUGCAAGUAAGGCUUCUUUAUACGUCAAUGGCGAGUUUGUUGAGCAGAUCAAGUGCUCAUAUCCUUCUGCACCGCCAUUCACAAAUGGCAGCACUGAAAGUUUUGCUUCUUUUGCUUCCACCAACGCAAAGCCUCAUCCUGUUCAGGCGUUUCUGGGCACGCCAAGAGAUCUCUCAAGCCAGCUUGGCGCGGGGUUGGUGUUCUCCAAAUGGUCCCUUGCAUCCGCGCAUCUCUUUGAGGACGUCCUUAGUGACGAUUUCCUGGCUGUUCAUUAUGGCCUCUCCCCAAAGUAUCAGGGAAAUUUCCAAGAUAGCCUGGGCGGCUUCCAGACUUAUGAGGCUUCCGCCUCGCUCGGCUUGAGAAAUGAGGUCUUCCAUCCUGGCCGAGAUGAGAGUUCUGAUAUCAUCAGAGCCAUUCGAGACAAGGCUGGAAGCUUGCUGCCUGAGAAUAAGAUCUUGCUCAGCAUUGCCCCAGCGGGUGUCUUCCGAGAAGAUGGUGUUUACCAAGAUACUCAGCUUUACCGCUCUCUGCCUCGCAACGCAGCUACGAACUUGAUUCAGAUGACACACAGAAGCGGUUCAGCCAUAGCAGUCAACGCCGCUCUGCCGUGUCUUCUCGAUGCUCUGGCGCGCCCUCAAGGCAUCGCUAUCUUGACAGGAAAUCCGGUAGCCGCUAUGCCCUCUUACUUUGACGAUAACUUCUGGCGCCUUGCUGGUUUUACGCCGUUGGCUCUCAAGAUCGUGGAACGCGCUACUACAGUCGAAGAAACCGUGCGUGCCGUGGAGAUGACCUUCCUCUGCAUCAGAAAGAGCUGGAGAAACAGUGAGGCAAUGGAGCGCGACAACGGCUACGCCAUUCUUGGCAUGCUUCUCCGGGCCAAACUGGGCUAUGUCGUUAAUCUCGGCGCCGACAACGCCAACCUGCGGCUGCCUAUUACCAAUGAGGAGCGAGACCGGCUCAGCUUCCAAAUUCUCAGUCUCAUCCUCGACUUUGUCGGAUACAAGCAUGCUGAACCAUUGGAAUCCUUCAUUGUAAAUCCCCUGGCGUAUCGCAUCUUGCUCAUCGACUUCGAUACUUGGCGACGGUCAGCUCCCAUCACCCAGGAGCUCUACUACAAACAGUUUGUGACAUUCUCUGUCAAGAGCAAGUACCAUCAGUUUAAUAGCAGAAGGCUGAUGCGCAUGAGAAUUGUGAAGCGGCUGCUUGACGCCAUGAAGGCGGAGUCCAUUUCCGAGGAUGUGCUGCCACACUUUAUGAGCGCCCUGGAGCACCUCGUGAAGUGCAACUAUACUGCGGAAGUUCAUCGGGCUCUCGCACUCUUCAUUACCUAUGCUUAUCAUUCGCCCACUGCUUCCCUUGUCAGGACCCCUCGACCUGUCUCAGCAGCCAAUCGAUCCCCCACACGCGGCUUCGCAAGAAGGGCGACUUUCGACUCCAACAGCCCUUCAAACGCCUCCACUUCUCGCUUUCUCACGAAGAAGCAGCUGGGUGCAAAGAUUCUGGGCAUGUACUCUGACCUCUUGUGUGAGAAGGGCAACCGGGCCAAUAUCAGCAAGUUCGCGAGGACAGUAACCAAUAAGUGGUUGCUGUACCUCUUGGCGAGCGACGAUCCCGAGACGGUGGUAAACGGCAGUAAGAUAUUGGCUCGACUUCUAAUCACCCAUGGCUCCGCGUACACGGCCAAAUUCUCGGGUAAGACGGGAGGCUUCACGAUCAUGGCACACCGCCUAAAGCGCUGGUGGUAUAUCCCUUCGUUGUGGCCCAUUUGCUUUUGCAUCUUCUUUGGUUUUGAUGUGGCGGAGGUUGACUUGGAGCGCAACUUUGAAUUCUCCAGCUUGCUUGAGACGUUCGGGAAGUCCCGCAUCGUCUACCCGGAGAGUCUCCAAGUGAUGACAUCGAUGCUGCAGCAUGGACUGAAGGAUGUGAUGAAGCAUCAAGAGGACCCCAACUCACCGCAGAAGCCACAAAAUCUGCAAGCAAGCGGAUUCGAGGGACUGGAGACGCGGCCCAGGGCCAAGUCGAUGGAGACCAGAGGCCUCGACUUGAGAGAAAACGCCCAGCGAGACAGCGAGGUGGUAGCAAAGAAUGCAUCCAUGCUUCGCACUGUCAUCCGAUUCAUGGCCGACCUGCAUUCCAACUCGCAAGAGUUCCGAGACUUCGCUCUCACAUCCGAAUACGUCAGGUACCUGCUGUGGGCGGCGUAUCCCAUUAUCGUCAGUACCGAUGCUGUCACUCCGGAAACGGAGCUCAACUCUCGCGACUCAGCCCUGACAUUUGAGGGUGGCGACGUUAUGAUCCGACCUCUUGCUGGUUCUCACCCCGGCCCAAUCGUUCGGACAACAAGCACGGAUGCUAUUGCCACCUUGGCAGGAAACCCACGAGGCACCCCUUUGCGGAAGGCAUCUGGGUUCGUCCUUCUGACCAGCCAACAAUCUCCUCAGGCCCCCAGCGCCGCGCGAUUUGCACCGGUCAUGUCACCAAAGAAGAUGCUUGCUUCCCAGCAAUCGAGCAGUGCUACUCUUGAUAACCUACUGGACCUUGUCGUGAACGUCUUCAUCGACCAGGUCUUCACCCGAAAAGAGUUCCCGGGCUUCGGCUUGUUCUUGAAGAUUCCGCCCGGCUUCCAAGAACACCAGGCGUACUUCGAGUCGUAUGUCCUUCGGAAUACGCUCCAGCGCCUUGGAUCGCACAUUCAACCAAACCAAAAACCCCUCUGCGAACCAAAGAUCUUGACGAAUCUGGGCAGGCUCGCUGCCCACGUCACAGACUCAAUCUUCGAGGGCUGGUUCAUUAACGGUACAGAGCCCAUGUUGGAGUUUGCGGGCAUGCUACUGGAAUAUCUUCAGCGCCCUGACAUCGCCAGCCUGAAGAGUGUGCGUCUGUGUAGCCAAGCUGUGACGACGAUCCGCCAAUGCUUUCUGAAGCUGCUGCUACUUCGCUUUUCCGAGCUCGAUGACCCGGACUCGCAUGACUCCAGCGCGAAGGAGUUCAUGAGCAGGCUGCUAUAUUGGCAAGGACCCAUAUUAGCAUGUCUCUCCAGCGAAGAAGACUACAUGAAACUCUUUUGGUACCAGCUUUACACCAAACUUGUCGACUCCCGGGUCUCGAUCCGAAUUGCGGCUGUUAACAUCAUGCGCAUAAUGUUGGUCCAGAAGCCGGACGAAGCCAGGAUUCUCUUCCGCCAAUGUGUGCAGCCGGAUCAGCAACACCUUACUAAGGACUUUGCUGUCAAGCUCACUGAAGUUGACGACGACACUUUCAUCGAAUGGGUCGACCAGCAUCGUGCAUCACUCGAUGCCUUCUUCUACGGGGGCAUCUCCAAAGCUUGGGAGGAAUUCGUCGCCGUUGAAAAUCAGAGGACUGUCGACUCGGCUAAGUUCCGUUUGGCAAAACGAAAGGAUCGGUUGAAGUACUGGCAGACGGAGGCGCUUACUAUGGACAACGUUCUUCUUCGACACGACAUGGCGAACGGGGCCUGGAUGAAGAGCAUUUUCAACAGUGAACAUUUCAAGCACCAGCGUCUUACACAAGACCAGCAAGACGACAUGGCCUACCUUGCUGCGGCGUUUCUGAAGAUGGACCUUGACCUUCGCCGACCUGGCGCUGUCUUUGCCGAGCAAGCUCAGUUGAAGUGGAAGCUUGACCGAACGGAAGGACGCAACCGCAUGCGUCUCAGGCUUCUGCCAGACUAUUCCAAGAAGCACACAGACUAUCAGCCAAAGCGAAGGGCAGGGGAGGCGCCGUCGACGCCCGCUUCCCUCAAGGUCAACACGGACAUGGCUCCGGCCCAGAUUUCCCCGUCUCCCAUUAAGGCAGGUACCCCAGCUUCAUCCCAAUUGCAGCUCGGCCUCGACGGCAGCAAAGAGAACGACGAAUCGCCUCCAGAUACCGAGCAGGAGGAAGAGGUUAAUGAGUCGGGCGUCGGAACCGAAGAUGAUUUCGAGCUGGUUGACGAUCCAAAUGACGCCAACGAAGGCGACGACGGGUUCGAGGACAAGAAUCGCAAGGUCAUGAGGCGCCUGGAACAAGGUGAUCAGGUCCAGGCGGUUUACAAUGUCUCUCGUAUCGUCGGUUUGGAGGCUUGCGAGGGCAUCCUGAUCAUUGGAAAGGAGGCGCUUUACAUCAUGGACAACGUCUUCCAAUGUGCCUCGGGAGAAAUUGUCAAUGCCUGGCAGGCUCCUCCAGAGGAGCGAGACCCCUUCUCUGAGAUCAUCACGGAUGCCAAGACAUCAGAGCAGCGCCAGAGCUCCAGUCGAAGCGAGCAAGAAUCACGGAGCUGGAGGUGGUACGAUGUUAUCAGUAUUUCCAAGCGCAGGUUCCUGUUCCGCGAUGUGGCGAUCGAGGUGUUCUUCACAGAUGGCCGCAGUUAUUUGCUGACGUCCAUCAACCCGACGAUCAGAGACGAAGUCUUCGGCAAGCUGAUGAGCAAAGCGCCGCACACGAACGCAGCCAGCUCGCUUCCCAACCCCGAAGACGCUUGGCGACUGGAGGCACUCAAGGUCUCGGAGGAGCAGCCUCAAGGUUUUGGUUCCAAAUUUGGCAGUAUAUUCAACUCAUCGCCAUGGAACCCCGCGAUGAGGAAAUGGCAGAAGGGCGAAAUGUCCAACUUCCACUACCUCAUGCUCGUCAACACAAUGGCUGGUCGAACAUUUAACGACCUCACGCAGUACCCUGUCUUCCCUUGGGUUCUAGCGGACUAUACCAGCGAGGAGUUGAACUUGAGCGAUCCAGCAACCUUCCGCGACCUCUCCAAGCCGAUGGGUGCUCAAACCUCUGGUCGUGUUGGAGGCUUCAGAGAGUCUUACGAGGCUCUGGCCGAGAUUGGCGAGACGCCAUUUCACUAUGGCACCCAUUACUCAUCUGCAAUGAUUGUGUCAUCCUACCUCAUUCGCUUGCCGCCCUUCGUUCAGUCCUACAUCCUCCUCCAAGGAGGCUCCUUCGACCAUGCCGACCGCCUCUUCCAGUCGAUUCCUCACGCCUGGCAAUCGGCUUCGUGCGACAACAAGGCUGACGUCAGGGAGUUGAUUCCGGAGUUCUUCUGCCUGCCAGAGUUCCUGACGAACAUCAAUCAGUACAAUUUUGGUAACCGUGAGAGCACGGGGGCCAAGGUCAAUAACGUUGUCCUUCCUCCAUGGGCCAAGGGCGAUCCCAAGAUCUUUAUCGCCAAGCAUCGGGAAGCGCUUGAGAGCCCCUACGUCAGCCAGCGCCUGCACAAUUGGAUUGAUCUUGUCUUUGGACACAAGCAGAGAGGUGAUGCUGCGGUUGACAAUCUGAACGUCUUCCAUCAUCUCUCGUACCGCGGGGCAACGGACUUGGACAACAUCAGCGAUCCCCAGGAACGGCGGAUCACUGCUGGCGUAAUCCAUAACUUUGGCCAAACGCCUCACCAGGUCUUCACUCGCCCGCACCCCGCUCGCGAAUAUGUCUCUUGCCCAAUUAGACGUCUCGACAGCUCUGUCUACGCCCUCACCAGGCUGUCACACCCCCUACUCGAAUCGCAUGAAAGGGUUGCUUCCCUGAUCUACUCUCCGAAGAUCGACCGCCUCAUCUGCGCGUCGCCAUUCCGGCUGAACUUAGCACCUUACGACAAGUUCCUUGAGUGGGGAUACGCUGAUAAUAGCAUCCGGUUCUUCUUCAGUGACAAUCGGAAGCCGGCUGGGCUUUUUGAAAACUUGCACAUUGGGCAGCUUUCAUCAGCCACAUUUGCUGAUUCCAAGACGCUCAUCACGGCCGGAGAAGACUGCGUCAUUUCUGUCUACGCUGUGCAUACGGCUCCAGGAAAGGUCGUGGAUCUGCUUCCUCGGUCGUCCCUAUUCGGACACCGCACUCCAGUGACCAGCAUAGCUGUGUCGAAAUCCUUCAGUACCUUCGUCUCCGUGUCGACUGAUGGCCAGGCCUUCCUCUGGGACUUGAACCGUUUGGAGUUCAUCCGCAAGCUCCCACUGUCUCGAGCUGUCGAAUGUGCCCGCAUCAACGACGUGUCUGGAGAGAUCAUGCUCGGGUCCGGUCCCAAUGUGGUGCUCUACACCAUCAACGGCACCGUCAUUCUUGACCAGAACGUCUGCACAGAACCGGACGACUACAUCCACGCCUGUGCCUUUUACGAGGGCGCAGGAAACGAGUGGCUCGAGAACUGCCUCGUUUUCACGGGCCACAAGAGAGGCCGCGUCAAUGUCUGGAAGAAGACCGUUGCGAAGAAUGGCAAGUGGGUUCUGGAGCUGCUUCGACGGCUGGACCAUGUGGAUCCGCGCUCCGAAGUGGGCGCCAAUUACGAGGCGGGCAUUACAUGCAUCACACCCAUGCCGCAGUGUGUCUACACCGGGGAUGACGAUGGAAGAGUGUACGAGUGGAACCUAGUUCAACGAGACAGAUAG